ACAAGGAGGUGCUGCAGUUGUCGCGCUUGUCCUUCACGUCGCCCACCCACUACGUUUGGUUACCAAAGUACAGAAAGCAUUGUUUUUGAAGCGAAGCUACAUUUAUUUCGGUUUUUAUGGAGUGAGAAGGAGGAAGAGAAGAAGUGGUCGGAACCACGGAGUCGUCUGUUUGUUUUUAGACACAUUAUUAUUACUGUUUUAGUCGGUAACCAGGGAUGACAGCUCCAACUUCUGCGGAGAGGAAGGCCUGCUGGGACGCCAGAGAUCAGCUCUGGCGUUGUUUGGAUGACAACAAUGAUAAGAUUCAAUCCUGUCAGAAGUUCCAGAGUGAUUUUGAGGCAAAAUGUCCAGCUCAGUGGGUGAAAUAUUUCACCAAGAGGAGAGACUUCCUGAAGUACAAAGAGAAGAUGCAGACAGAAGGGUUCACACCUGCUGAAGGCCCACGAGUAAACUCCUAACUACUACAAAACAGGAAAACUGUAGGCAUACCCAAAAACCACUGGCUGGAGUUUUUUUUAUUGUGAAUAGAAUAUCUCUUUCUCACCUUUAUCAUUAUUUAUUUGUUAGGAGAAAUAUUAUUUUGAAUCCUUAUAGUUAUACAACAAGCCUUGGCAAAAAUCCUUUGACCUACUUCCCAGGAAAUAUUCAAAUAUUUUUGGAUUUUCAUGUUUUCUUUACAAACUGGUCCUAAUGUUAAUAUCAAUGGAAUGCACCAAGAAGUAACCCAGACAAUACUAGUCUGUAUAACCAGUACUUUUAGUACCUGAUCAAGUGUUUUUGUUGCAGACAAGUCAAGACUCUUCAUUAUGGCCAGUCUGAAAAUACACAAACAGUCUCUACUGAAAUAAAUCAAAUCAACCAAGUGAUUUUAAUGGCUUUUAUUGUUGUAUUUGUAUGUUGGUUUUUUUUCUAACUCUAGCUUGUAUAUUAGAUGAAUAUGAAUACCUUUCAGGAUAAAACAGGUGAUUGAAGAAUCUUACAGGUCAUUCCAAGCAGUCAAAAACACAUUGUGUUUAUAUUACAAAUCACUGUUCAUUUACAAAGGGGUCAAAGGUCAUUGUUACAACACCAGAAAGAUGGAACCUUCCCCAGAAACAGGGUUCCUACACAAUCUGGAGAAGUCCGGAGUUUGAUUUAAAUUCUUUCCAGGUCUGAGACGGCAUUGUAAUAAAGAAGCUGGAAAAAUA